UCCAAACCACUUUAAUCUUCAACCCCAUCCCUAAACCGAGUUUCUUAGUUUUUAUUUCGUACAAUUUGUGACACAAAUCUGGGAAUCUCAUUUCGUUCCAUCUGCGUAGCCUUCUUCCCCAGACGCAGGAGCCAAUCAGCAUGCAGUGGGGCGUGUCCUACCGAGAAACCGAGUGGGACUACAAUACUCUAACGCCCACUUUCAUGACGUUUGAGUAUUGGUGACGUCACACACAAGUAUGAGGCAAAAUCAACAUCCGACUGUUACUGCAUAUUUCCUUUUCAAGCUCAACACAUUUGCUGACAUAUUUCCAGCAAUAUUUUUUGUCCAAAAUAAAAAUAGCAGAGUACUUUUAAAUAAUGCAUGGAAAAUAAAAGAAAGAAAAUUUGAUGUAUUUCUACUGCCACUUUCUUGCUUUUCUUCAAAAAUAAACACCGCAAGAUAUUUUUAAAGAAUCCGCAAAAAUAUAAUCAAUUCGUAUUAUAUUUUGGUUGGAUCCUUCUAUAAUAAGAAUAUUGUUUAAAGAAUACAUAUAAUAACAAUAUAAUCAUUUUUGAAGAACAUGUUAUAAUGGGAGUCACUGAUGGUGUGGUGGUACACACGCCUGCCGGGCAGAGUGGGAUUGAUUUCCGCUAAAUGAUGGUGUCGAUAUGUGCCCUGCGACUGACUGACUGGCGACCAGUUCAGGGUGUAGUCUGCCUUUCGCCCGAAGCUAGCUGGGAUAGGCUCCAGCUUUCCUGCAACCCUAGUGAGGAUAAGCGGCUUGGAUAAUGGCAUGUUAUAAUGUGUAUAUUGUAUGCAUUUUAAAAUGACAGUUGCAGAUUUUAAAAUACAUUUUUUUCUAUAAUAAUUAUCAUUUUCUAUAAUUUCUUUGUAAAAUAAAAACAUCGCCCUUAUUAAAAAGACAUUUGUAUUUUCUCUGAUUAUUUGUGUAGACCGUUUAUACAUGACACAGCUCUUAUAUUGAACUGUUUGGCUUGUGCGGUACUGUAUUGUGUUCAUCACACAUGAUUUCGGACAAAGUCAAAGAACGAAAACCUGGCAGGGGGGCCGCUGCUCAUCUGAUCUUUAUUCAGCAUGCCCCCAAAGCAUUCACAUGACAUUACAUCUCCACAAUGGCCACUCUCCGCUGAUUCAUCCAAAGCUGUCGACUAGAUGAAUGCAGUCCAUUUCUAGGUCAGUGAAAAGCAUACUAAGCCGGUGCGAUGAAUAGGCUGCAGGGAGGGGAGGGGAGGGCCCCCCUUUUACCAAAAAUACACAGUACACUAAAAGCCCACUUUAACAUCACAGUCAAAGAUGCCUUUCCACAAAGCUGCAUCUCAAUUUAGCCCGAACACGAUGAGGACACCUUAUUUCCCAGCGAGGUCCGUCCUUUUCCGCAAGGAGCCCAACGGGGUGACCUACCGUGUGCCGGCGUUGCUCUACCUGCCCCGCUGCAGCUCCUUCCUGGCCUUCUGCGAGGAGAGACUCAGCCCGUCCGAUUCCCAGGCUCACCUGCUGGUCAUGAGGAGAGGGACUUUCUACAGGAACUAUGUUGAGUGGGAAGGCAUGGACGCUGUGGGCACUGCCUACCUGCCGGGUCAUCGCUCCAUGAACCCGUGCCCGGUGUACGACGACUUCACAGGCACCCUUUUCCUGUUCUUCAUCGCUAUUCUGGGACACAUCCCGGAGUCCUUCCAGCUGGCCACGGGGAAGAACCUCACACGGCUCUGCUACGUCUCCAGCACGGACAACGGGGUCACGUGGAGUCCUGCCACUGACCUUACACAGCAGGUCAUUGGAGACACUAUCAAAGAAUGGGCCACCUUUGCACUCGGCCCAGGCCACGGCAUCCAGCUCAAGUCCGGACGUCUCCUCGUUCCCGCCUACGCCUACCACAUCGAGUGCAAGCAAUGCUUCGGAAAGCUGUGCCAGACGUCCCCCCGCGCCUUUUGCUUUCACAGCGAUACCCACGGGCGUACGUGGCGUUUCGGGGACACCGUUCCAGGUCCGGAGAGCGUGGAGUGCCAGCUGGUGUCAGUGGACGAGGAGGACGGCAGCAACUUUUUGUACUGCAACGCACGCAGCCGGCUGGGCUUCAGGGUUCAGGCCCUCAGUCUGGACAAUGGGGCCACCUUCCAGGAGGGUCAGCUGGUGCAGCGGUUGGUGGAGCCGCGUAAUGGUUGUCAUGGAAGUGUGGUGGGCUUCCCGGCUCCACUACGUUUACAUCUCGAUCCAGACUCACGCAGACACACCCAGCCCUCUAGACGCUAUUUGACCUCCCCCACCCCAUCACAAAAAAACACCUCUCCAGAUUUCCUCACACCCACGUGGGUGCUAUACUCCCACCCAACAUGGACCAGUGCACGAAAGGAUCUCGGCAUCUUCUUGAGUCUUUACCCCCGGGACCCUGACAGCUGGCGGGGGCCCUGGGUGAUUUACGAGGGCCCGUGCGCCUACUCUGACCUGGCGUACGUGGAGCUGCCGCCCUCGCCCGGCUCCCCGCCUGCUGUGGCCUUUGCCUGCCUGUUGGAGUGCGGCUCCAGGACAGCCUACGACGAGAUCUGCUUCUGCAUCUUCACUCUUUACGAGCUCAUCGAUAACCUCUCCCCAGUUGAGACCUUCGUGAGCUACGAGUGCAACAAACAGCGGGGGUCUGAAGCCAACGCAAGCAGAUGUGAUGGUCUACACAUGAAGAAGAGCAGGAAGAAGAAGCUUGGUGACUUUUGUGCUUUGUCUUGAAUCAAGUUUGACAAAUGCCCAAUCAUAUUUCAAAGAAUUUUGUCCAGUGAACCACUGAAUAUUCACAGCCGGGCAUUUACAAAUUAAUUUUUUUAACCGGCCCUCCAAUAUUCAAUGAAAACCUUUCGGAUUUGCUCUUUUUGUAACAAGGACAAAGCAAUUAAAACAUUACUUUUAAUUAAAUUUAAUGUCAUCUGCGUUUGAAAUGUCCUUUUGUUGGUGGUCCUUAAACACACCACCUGUGCAGUAAAAAUGAAAUUAUGUUUUUACUUCUCUUAACGAUGUAGCUACAAAAAGCCGUUGCAGGCUAAUUUGCAAAUUUGCCUGUAUUCUCCAAUAACUAUUGUGUCGAAAUGUCAAAAGUGGAUCAAAUGAUGUUUGUGUUAAGUAGUCGUGUACAUAUUUGUGACGUUUCACCGGUUUAAGCUAUUGUGUUAUUUAGGCUAGUAUGCUAGCUAGUACAACGAUCAAUGGGGCUCAUGAAGGUGGUUUGCUGAACAAUGUAUUGAAUACGCUUAAGUAACAUGACUUCUUGAUCGUGAACAUUUAGAUGCAUGCAUUGUGUUGAUGGUUUGCGGAUUCUGUGUCUGUUACUACAGAUCACUGUAAAAAAAUCCAAUCCAAACAGAAUACCAAUCUCUUUUUCAUUGCUAGACUGCUAUCUUGUGGCAUCUGCAGAUGAUCAGACACCCCCUCCUUGGGUGGGCAUUAUUCGUAGAUUUUUGGCAUUCGUGAAUUGCUUGUGGCGGCACGGAGAAACGACUGGUUAGAGCAUCUGCCUCACAGUUCUGAGGACAGGGAUUCAAAUCCUAGUCCCACCUGUGUGGAGUUUGCAUUUUCUUCCAGUGCCUGUGAGAGUUUCCUCCCACAUCCCAUAAUCAUGCAUUAAUUGGAGACUCUAAAUUGACCAUAGGUGUGAAAAUGGGUGUGACAGGCUGGCAAUCAGUUCCGGGUGUACCCCACCUCCUGCCUGAAGAUAGCUGGGAUAGGCUCCAGGACUCCCGUGAGGAUAAGCGGUUCAAAUAAUGGAUGGAUGAAUUAUAGGUCUGUCAGGAAUUUUCAAAUGGCAAGCGGUUUUACUUUAUUUUAGUUUGAUUAUACAGUGGUUAACGUUUCUGUAUAAUGUUCAAAUGUCAUCGAUAAGAUGGAAACGAUACAGCUGUUACAAUGACAAUAAACAGGUUGAACAUGUCUGAGGAAAACAUGUUUUGGUUCCACUGAAUUCUGUACAGUUUCCAACAUUCUUCCAUGGCAAUUGUCCACCGCUUUGAAAACUUUGAGGCAACCCCAACUACAAAGAGAAUUCCCGGAAACUUUAGAUGUGUAUAUAUAUAUAUAAAAAUAAUAAUAAUAAAAAAAAAGAAUAAACAGGAUCACAGGCUCUUUCUAAGCCUUCCUGGAAUUGUGCAUACUCAAGUCAUGCACACUCAGAUAUGUUGUCCAUUGUCCAGUUCCCUGUUGACCGACUUCUUUGACCUUAAAUCUUGCAAUGUCAGUGUAUUUAGCAAAUUGGGUCUAAGAGUCUGCGCGUGUCCUGCCUUGUGUUUGUAUAAACGUUGUAUGUGGUCUAGAUGUGCAUUUACCUGCGCUUAUGCCUAGUCAGUUCUAACUUUACGUAUUAGCACAGUGAUUCUCAAAGUUUAGUACACGUACCACUGACUCCCUCUGGUCGAGGAAAGAAUCAUAUAAAACUGAAAAAUAUUUCCAUUUGCAGAUGCAUUAGAAUAAAAAAAAAUGUUACAAUGAAGCUUGUAGCUAUAACCUUUUUUUUUUGUAAACUUUCUAAAUAAAGUACUGCGUGGGCCUGUAGAGCAAUUCCAGGACACUUUUGAUGAUUAAUGUCCAUGCGUGAGAGUGUUGAUUCAACAUGCUGAGUGGACUUAGUUGAUUGGUGUCCCGAAUUGCUGUACACAACGCUGAUGGUUUUCUCAGCGCUUUGAAUCGAUCACAACUGGACUGUUCUGGUUGAGAACCAUCAUGGGCAUCUUAUAAGUGUGAACUGUGUUCUCCUUUGCACUCGGGGCCUCUACGGAGUCUCAUUUUUCCGUAAGUGGAGACAACCCACAAUGCAACGGGGAGAACUUGCAAACUUCACAUAGGCAGGGCUGGGAUUCAAACCCAGGUCCUCAGAACUGGGGGGCAGAUGUGCUAAGCAGUUGUCCAUCAUGCCUGUCCCUUGUUAGAUACUGUAAUGUAUUGAACUAAUGUAAAUGUAGUUUUAACUAGGUGAGGACGUAGUAAAAUCAUCUCAAAUGAUAUUUACCCAUUGAAACGAAUGGAAAUGCUGUUAAUUCAUUGUACUUGGCUAACCGAGUCCAGUAUAGUAGUCAUGCAGCCAGGAAAAAACAAGAAUACAGGAGUUUCAAAACUACUGUGACUCAGUAAGCUCCUGUAUUAUUGUUUUUCCACAAAGGAUAAACAAUAUGAGUAUUUUAAUAUUGUCCGUCUACAUGUGAUGCUCCACUGUUUGCGUUCAAAUUGAUAUUAUUUUAUAAAUUCCUAUUGUUAGGAUUAAGGUAGUGGGGGCAUUUUAAGGCAAUGCUCUAUAGUUUUCAAGUCAGAUUCCUCCUCCCUCAGGGUACCACUCGAUACCGAUCCUCCUUUCUGCAUGAACAAGCAGCUGAACAGGUGAAAAGAAAACAACAACCUAAUUUAAUCUACAUUAGUGAUAACCGCUAUUUAACUAAUCUUGUGAGCCAUUAACUGAAGUCUGAAGGUGAAAACCAGUUAAAC